GAGGUGAUCCUUCAAAACUGGCUGUGCAACCCCAAAGGCACUCCAGAUGGAUUCCAUGCCAUGGACUGGCUCCAAGAGCUAAACAACUUAUACACAAAGGUUGUGUUUGCGGGGCAGGGUCUGAAUCGUAUGAAAGAGUUGGUCUUCAAACGCUCCAUCCUACUCCAAGUGUACCGAUCAAUGCAGCAAACCAUCGAGGAAAACUUCUACCUGACGCGCCAUACGGUUCAGCACAGCAAGCCCAAGAUGACCAAGACACUGCAACAUCUUCGAGAUCAGCUUACGACGCUUGAUUGGUUUGCUUUCAAAGCCGGU